UUCUCCUAUUACUUCCCUUUUUCAUCUCUACUUGUGUGGGUUUGACAUGUGUAUUUUCCUUUCCACCCUCCAUGGAUAAUGUCAUUUAAGCCUUUGCUCUUUUAUCUUGUUAUUGUCCAUAUUAUACAUUAGCCACUUAUAGUUUCUAUUCUCGAGCACUCAUAAUUUUUUUUAUUGAAGUGGUGUCUCUUUGUGCGUUUAUUAGUUACCAUAUUGUUGCUAGUUAUCUAAUGGAAAAUAGAGAUACGUUUCUGUAUGCCUUAGCCUCUUGAGUUGUUAAUGUCUGGGGAUCUUCACUGGUGGUGGUGUCUUUGUUCUUUGUUGUAAUAUUAAAUUAAUGGAUAGAUAUUGCACUGAUGGAUGGAUAGUAGCCUUCUAUAUUGUGGCCUUGGAUUUAAUUAGUCAUGUAUUAGGAACUGAUAUUUGUCGAUGAUUGUAUUGGGAUAUUGAAGAAGCAGCAAAAUCAAAAUGUCAAAGGUAAUAAGUGACAGGUCUAGAAGGUAGAACAAAAGGCAAUAACUAUUGGGUACCAAGAUAUAAAUAAUGUGAGUAGCUGCAUCAGAGUAGCUGCAUCAGAACAGGAGUAUGGAAAGAGAAGACAAUGUUGUCAAGGAACAAUUUUUUUAGAAUAGAGGGAAAGCGCAUUGUGUUUUAAAAUAUUGUUAGUGCUAGCUAUGUCUGGCUGAAGAGUUAUUAAUUGCAGAGAAAAAUAGAAAGUUGGAAAGAAUUAGCUUAGAUUUUUGGCAGGGUGUACAUUUGUCCUUGUGGCUAUAGCAAGAGGUAAAAGUUCCAAGAUGGAGGAUCUGAUUAGAUAGAGAUGGCAAGGCAACUUGGAAGUCUUAUCUAUCCUUUGUAUUUUGAGGUCUCUUUCCCUUUUUUCUCUCUUUUUCUAUCUUUUGAUCAACAUUUUGAUGUACACGCCAUAUCUCUCUCAAUCUCUUUUUGGUUCACUUAUCCCAUGAAUCUUUCCUUUUUUCUUUUAGGUUGAUCUUAAAGUGCUAGAUGCAUGCACCUUUGUGCAGUAGUGUGUUUCUUGACUUAGUGACCCUUUGAGCCUUGUAAAGCCUUCUACCUUUGGAAAUUAAGGUUUUGUAAUAAUUAGUAGCAAUGUAACAUUAAGAUUUGCCAAAUACUAUUACCAGGGUUUUUAGGACUCUUCACUGAUGCGAUGAGAUGAUCUUAGCUUUAUGAUUUAUCUUUUGGAAUAGAGGUGAGGUUAAGAAUUACUCAUUGAAGAUAUACUUGCAUAACAAAAUCUAUUUAUUCUGUGAAAGAUGAUCUUAUAGCUUGGAAAAGAAGGAUGGAGAAAGCUUGCUAAACAAGUGUGAAAUAUGGUUUUAUUGGGCACUUGGUAAGAAAGGAACCAAAAACCACUAGAUUUUUGAGGGUAUAGCGUCUGCUCGUCAAGGUUUCUUUCUUUGUUUUUGUCAGAUGGAUUAUAGCGUUAGAUUAUGACCAAUACAUGGCAUUUCUUGAUAUUGUACCUAACCCUCCUUUUGUAUAUGGCCGCCUUUCUCCCUGUCCCUCCGUGGUCUUUUCAAUGUGUUUUUUAUUUUUAUAAUUGUCGAAUAAUAUGCGGUUCAGAACUAGAUUGAUGUACCCAAGAUUUAAAUCGGAGAGUUCUAGUAAAGAGGAUUGUGCCUCUUGUUUGCUCACACCAAACAGAUGGGUUUUAUUCUCUCUCACUUGGCAAGUUAAUGUCGACCAGAAGUCAAUCCGGUUUUUGUGGAUCGCAAUUCUUAUUGAGGAAGAAAGAUGGAGCUCUAGCUCAGUUAGUUUUGAUAGUGCAAAUAGUUUUCCAUGAAGAAAUUUUUCUCCGGGAAAACACACCUGAUAAUUUUUUUGUUUGAUGGGAGAGAAGAUCUUUCUUUUUUUACUAACCUGAAGUUUUGCUUUUUUAGUAUUUCAGUUUUUUAUUUGUGUCUCGACGCUGUGGAUUGCAAGCACCAAGCUCUUUUUCAACUCUGUCAACCACCAUCUUCAUCAUGUGCCACUUACUGCCUCUCGACCAUCACCACCAUCAAUCUCACCUUUAUUUCAGUAGUAAGCAAGCAAUCAAAAAGUCGCUUUUCUUUCUCUUCUCUGCUUUUACUCUUUCCAAUUACCCUGUUAUGUAUGAAAAUAUCUUUAAAAACUCCAUUGGUGCCCUCUGCCAAUGACGAUCAAGGAGGCUCUGCGCCUCCAGAUGCCACCCACAAAACUGUGGCGGUGACAUUCACAACCUAAAUACCUCCCAUGUCUUCUGAAACAGAGCACCACAAAAUGAGAACUUAAGUAAUACAAAAGAUAUCUGCCGCCCGUUACAGCCAACCUGUUGCUGCAUCUUUUUGUUUACUAUGCCUUUUGUAUACCUUGGCUCGUCCUUAGCUUGUACUACUUCUUACCUCCUUGUUGCCUGUAGUCUUUUAUAAAGAAAGGUGUUCAUGAACCAAUUCUAUAGUUAUAUUCUUCACCUAUAUUUAAAUCCUGACUAUCAGUGGUCAAUUAGUAGCUCAAGAGUUGGGAGGAGAUAUCUGACCGCCUUAGACUUAGCUAAGUGUGGGAGGAAAUAUCUUUGUUGGUCCACAUUGCAUUUGCACUAAGGUCUUAUGGUCCAAGGGUUUAAGUUCAGUAUUGGUCUGGAUGUAUGGUGAUAUUGUGCUUAUGGGGUUAGAAAGGAAUGUUAGAUGUUUAUAAGAAUGGCAUUUGCGUUUGUGUUUGGGAUAAGUAUGCCAUCAUGACCUUACUUUGGUGGUAUGCUUUUAGGAGUAUGUAUGUAUAUAUGUGUGUGUGCAUAUGUACACACAUAUACACCAUGCACUUAGGCAUACCCUUUCUAUUAUAGGUUGUUGGUGCUGUUGAUAGAGAUGGUUAGUCCCUUUGGUGGGGUGUUGGGCCAAUAUGACUAAAGUUGAUGUGUGAAGCAAAAAGGUUUCAGAUGAAAUGGUUACUUAAGCCUAUCUAAGGAGGUUCCUAAAUCAUAGGUCAUGCUUUUCAAAAAACAUAAAUUGCAUGAUUUUGUGGGAAAGCUUCUAGCAUAUCCUCUUUUUGCUACGAGAUGUUUGUUUAUUGAGUUUUAGAUUCUCUUACUAGGUCGUGAUGGUAAGGGGCCUUAAAUUGCACCUAGUACUUUGGCGUUUAAGAUGCAUGUAGUUAUUACGAGGAAGACGACUCAGUUAGUGGGUAGUGGUUAGUAUAAUACAAAUCGGAUGAAGGGAUUUAAAGCAGGGUUUGGUGGACUUUGUUGCAACAAAUUUGAUGCACUUGCUGGCAUUAGAUCAGUACUUCAGUCGAUGGAAAAUUUGUGUUAAUUUUGUUUUUUAUUAGUACAUGGUCUUUAUUUAUAUGGGUUAUAUGGUCAGAUUUUGGGAGGAGCACUUGAUAGAAGUUACAAUUCUGUGUGUUUCUCGUCAUUCAUUUUCAAGCUUCAAAUUUACAUUAUCCCCGUCUUUGAUUUAUGUUCUUGAGGUGUGGUAAAUAUUUUAGGAUUAUCCAAAUAAGUGAAAGUGGAUGAAGUGAGUUAGAUUGGGGAUGAUGGAGUCAUGAUCUUUUUGAGCUUCCAAAUACUUUAAGUGCUUUGAACUUGCAAAUUUUUUUUUUAUCGUGCCUACGGUAUUCUCCAUUUGCUUUGGUCCUAUAUAUGCGCAGACGUAAGGUUUGAAAUUCUUUGUUAGGGCAUGUGUUUUAGGAAGUACCAACACUAACGAUGGUGUUUAGGUUCCAUGACGUGACAAUCUGAUGAUUGUAUAUGGUAUGAGAACUGUAGUUUGUGGCGAUUUGUACGUAGAGAUUGUUGUAGAAAAAUAUAGCUCUGCAAAAACAGAAAAUGGAUAACAAUGUGGGCCAAAAAGAUUAAUGUGAUAGAAGCUGUGACGUGUUGGAAACACUGUCUUACAAGCAAAAUUCUCCCCGACUAUGGUGCAAUCAGAAGUGGCGUUGCCCCCCAAGAUUUUACACAGCUAUUCCCCUUAAUGUGCACUCAAAUAAGGGAAAUUAGGAACUCAUAGUAAUGCUCAGAACUAGAGAGAGAAAAUCAGAAAGAAGAGAGGAAGAAUAUAUGUUUUCUGUAUAUUUCUGAGGACAGCAAACACUUUUUAUAGCCAAAAACAGAGUGUAACUGAAGAGAGAUUUUAGGAGAGAAAUCUGCCAAACUAAAUCUGUCAAACUAAACCAGAAAAAUAAUCCAUAAAAGCUCUCUAUAUUUAAGGAAAGAAAACAGAUUUAGGGGAGAGAAAUAAGCAGCUGUUACAGAACAUUUAAAACAGAGUGGAAUAGACUUUGUAACUGAAAAGCUUCAUAAAUCUGAACUCUCAGAUACAACAUGGCCCUUUUAGUCUAUACCACAACUUCUAUUUGCAUUAUAUCUCCAACAAUUGUUACAUAUCUUUGUCUCCACACUAAGAUAUCACAUUAACACCCAAAAUCUACCUUUGAAAGGUAACAAAUUGCUCAUUUUUAUUUUGUAAACAUGACAUAUGUGCAUACACAUCUGUACUUUUACUUUUUCACCCUUCUCACUUUGAGAAUCUUAACAUAUAUCUUCCUUUGUUUUUUUCGUUGCUACACUUCUUCGUUUCAGGCUAUCCAAUGCAUUACUUUGAUCAAUAAUACUUCCUCCGCUCCCAUUUAAUUGCAACACUGUUCUUUUUUAGGUUGUUUCAAAAUAAUUGCAACACUUUAUAUUUUUGUUAAGUUUUUUAUGUAAAAUGACUUUUAUACCCUUACUUUUUCUACCCUUUCUUUUCCAAUUCACAUAAUCACAUGGGCAAAGUUGUCCCAUGGCCCACCAAAAUGCUUUUCUAAAAUCUUGUUGCAUGUUGCAAUCAAAUAGGAGGAAGUAUCUUUAGUUACGCACAACAAAAAUAAAAAAAAAUAUGAUGUUAUGAAAAUAUUCAUUAAGAUGAAUCAAAUAAGAUCCCAUUUGACUAUGUUAUUUCUUAUACAUUAGGAUUAACAAUUCGAACUAGGUUAGUUGGUGAAUAGUAAUUACUAUGCAAUUGCAUCUAAAAAAAUAUGGAGGAAGUAUAUAAGUCAAAUGAAAAUAUUUUUAUGUUUUGCUUAUGCUCAUUUCACAACAUUUUUGCUCAUUUAAUUUUUUUACGCUUUUCUCAUUUUAUAUUUUUGCUUGUUUAAUGUUUUCAGCUCAUUUUUUUAUGUUUUUGCUCAAUUUAUGUUUUUUCUCAUUUUAUGAAGCUUUUUCCUCUUUUAAGUGGUGCUUACAGUUCUCACCAUAAGAGGAUUUUCAUUAGAACCCAAACAUAUAUACUACCUCCGUUUUAUAUUAUUUGGAACGAUUUGACAUAAAGUGAGUAGAAAAUGUCGAACCGUUGCAAAUAAUAUUAAACGGAGGUAGUAUUAUAGCUUGGAAAAUAAUGUUUUAUGUUUGAAUGAUAUCUUAUAUGUUUUGAAUACAUUUGAAAUUUGUGAUAUGUCAAAUGAUGUUUUCUACACAUUAAUAUGAGACGGGAUUGUUGUGAAUGACAUGAGCCCAACUUGAUCAAAAUCAAACUAGGUCAAGCUCUAUGUGAUCUCGAACUUAAUUCCUCACAAAAAAGUGAGGAGCCUAUAUUUCAUGGCCAAAUUAAAUUAAGAUCAUCGAUCAAAUCUUGGAUGUGAUUAUGUAUGCGGUAGCAAUCACGUUCUUGUGCAAACAACAUGUACGGAUGAAUGGAACAAAGCCGAAGCGGCUGAAGUUUGAAGUAUUCUUCUAACAUAAUAUGACCAAGCCUCUCAUAAUAUGAGGGCUAAAUAUGGGUGCAUGAAUAGUUUCCAAAUGUAAUAUGUUUUGUACCACAUAAUUAGUUAGUAAAUUAUUUAGGCUAUAUUUACAAAAUAAUGGAUUUAGGGAGCAAAAAGUUCUAACGCCGCCGGUUUACGUAUUGGCUGACGUGGAAGGUUAUGAAUUUGGUGGCGUUUUGUAAUGGCUUUCGCUGAACGACAACUCUAAUUCCGUUAAUACUCAAUCAUUUGUAGUGUAACGUUGAAGCUUUGAUUCCAUGGGUGAGGCUUGAAUGUCUAUGCCAAUAUUGGAUUUGAUUUCGUGUAUCUCAUCAUCUAGUUGUUUAUUUGGUAUUGUGGGUGUGUUGGUGUGACCUUUGGUAUCAAUAUCUUGAUAUUUUUUCUUUGAGAACGUUUUUUUAUGGAUGUUAACCCCAAUGACUCAUUUGCUAUCUUCUUAGCGUAAUAAGCUGUUUUAAACUUAGAAGUCAAAAGGCACAAUAUGUUUUCAUCAACUUCAAAACUCAAGCUCUUUAAGGUCACUCCAUUCCUCCAAAUCUUUUGGUUCUGUUUCAAGCUAUCUCUUAUCAAAACAUUCAUUAUCACUUCGUGAAUCAUACUUGAAUCUCCUAAAGUCAUUUGGCUUACAUGCUGAAUUACUUGAGGAUAAGAAAACGUCUACUAGUUGGAAAGCUAAAUUUCGUUUACUUUCUUCCAAGAAGAAUGUGAGAUUUGAAGCGGUGGUUGUCGUUUUUGAAUGAACAGUGAGAAAAUGUCUACUAAUUGGAAAGCUAGACAUCGUUUACUUUCUUCCAAGAAGAAUGUGAGAGUUGAAAUGCUAGUUGUCCUUUUUGAAUCGAUGGUGACACUAUGUGGUUGGUGAGGUAUGAGAUGAUGUGAAAACUUUUGGUUAUAGGUUAUAGUGAAUUUCAUGAAAACACGUGGUGUUUCCAAGACUAUUUUGAGCAAGAAUUUUGCUUUUCCAUUUUGGUUGUAUAUCAAGCCUUGAUGAACAUGUAUGUUCAUAUGAAGAUUGUCAGAACAAUUUCCUGGUCUUUUCCGUGUUGAAGGAUCCUAAGGCAUAGCGUUCUUACUAGGGAUUGAAUCUUCGGCCUAGAUGAUUCGUGACUGUAUUUAUUAAGGUUUUAGAUUAAUGGUAUAAUAUUAUGCCACAAUCUUGUGAAGUUCAGCCACGAUUUGAUUACUUGCUCAACACACCCAAAUGUUAAUUGAGGAAGCAAUUAGUGGGAAGUGCAAUGUCCUUUGCAUCUCGAAGGAUCAUAGAAAUCGCCAACCCUCAAUUGAAGAAUUUAAGACGGCGGACUAUGUAUUCUAUCGUACAUUUGAUGUUCAAUAUCACACCGUGUCUGAUAUGUUGGGUGAAAAAAUUGCCACAAUUGACGUUAAAUGUUUAUUGAACAAAAAUGAUAUUUUACUAUCGGACCCCGCUAAGGUAGAUAGCGGGAAUCUGGCACUGAGCAUAGAGAAUCGGCCUACAUCUGUCAAUGGUUCUCUUAUCUCCAACAAAGCGGUAGAGAAUGACGUCCUUAUAGGUUCUCUAAAAAUGAAUGAUGAUCAAGCGACAAAAAAUGUAUUGGACAAGUCAAUAUUCCAUCCUCCAGAAAAUCAUGACGAUGCUCGUCAUGAUGAUACAGGUACAAUGGAGGACACAGGGAACAAGUCGGAUUUCAAUAAGGAUAUACUUAGAGGACAUAAAUAUGUUUUAUAUGAUGCUGGUGUGGGAUCUUCGCUGAUGAAAAAUGAUAAAGGGUCAAAAGUAAAGGACGGUGCUUUUGGACAUGACUGUACAUGUUCAGUGGCUUUAUGUGCUACCCAAGCAGUAUCAGGUUCUGGUCAAAAAACCAGAGUGACAUCAACAGAUCACAAGCAAAAUGAAGUAGAUAAGUUUACUACAUGUGAUGUGAAUCUGAGGCCAUCACAAAGUAGUGCCUUUACAAAGUCCAAGCUUGGAGAAUUUAUAAAUCCAUUGGAUGAGAAGGCAAAUAGUCAUGGGAUGACAUUAGUUGGUAUCGGGAAACUUAAUGGUAAUGGUUCAAUUGUAUCUGCUUCUGACUUGGACAAAAGAAAAAAAGAACUUGGAAAGCGUAUUCAUGUUGAAACUGGUACAGUGCAGAAGUUGAAGUCUGCUAAUGAUUAUAGUGCUUUGGAGGAGCAACCGUCUAAGAAACUUAAGAUUGAUGGUGUUGCUCCAUCCCUAAGAGAUAAUGGUGGGAUUUGCACUCAUAAAUAUGCCACUAAUUCUGCUGCGAAUAAUAAGACUUCGCAGUCUGCUUGCUUUGCUGCCAGAACAAAUGAUAAAGGCAAGUCAGGCAAACAGUUGGUUGGUACAAGCAAUGGCAUUGCUGGGAUGCUUGAGUCAAAUGGCAUAGAUGAGCACAAGGGAAUGACACAAAUUGAUCAAGAUGAUCAUAUUGGAACUAAUGUUGUGCAGAAAUUGAAGUCUGUUGAUGAUUCUGGAUCUUUGAAGGAUAGGCGGUCUAAGAACCUGAAGCAUUAUGGUACUGCUCCAUUAUCAAGCAAUGAUGGUGGGAUUAGCACUCAUAAGUCUGCCACUGUUUCUGCUGCAAAUUAUAGGGCUUCACGACCUGCUGGUGCUGCUACUGUAACAAAUGGUAAAAACAAGUCAGGCAACCAUGUGCCUGGUACCAGCAAUGUUUUUGUGAACAAAUCUAAGCUGUCUACACCACCAUCAAAAGAUCUUGAGAAAUACGACAUAACUCAAACUACAAGCAAGGUAGCUCCACAACUGUCUGGCAUUGUUGUUGAUACUAGUGAUAGAAGCAAGUUGGAUAGAGGUACAAGUGAUAGAAGCAAGUUGGAUAGAGGUACAAGUGAUAGAAGCAAGUUGGAUAGAGGUACAAGUGAUGGGAUACCUAACAAGCAUAAAUUUGAUGGUGCAAUAAAGGGAAAAUCGGUUGACAAGAUGUGCAAACCUACUACACUACAAACAAAAGAUAUGCAAAAAUUAGGGGUUGCCUCUAACACAAGUAACAACGCUCUAUCACGCGUUGAUGUUGAAAAUAGUAAUGGUGCAAGGCUUUCCAAAGGGUCGAGUCUGACAAAGGAUAGGCCUUCUCAUCUCAAGUCCAACGCCAUGGUAGAGGUUAAAUCUAAUGAUAAAUUGCAAAGAGGAUCCGUUGAACAAUGUAGAGAUACACAGACUCAAGAUUAUGGUCGCCUUAGAGAAGUUACUCAAAGACCACCUGACAAGAGCAGAUGGAUGAGAGCAGGCUGUGUUCCUUGGGAAGAAAGAAUGAAGGAAGCUCAUGAUCAAGGAACUCUUGUUCUGCUACAGAACUUGGAUCCCACAUACACCUCGCUUGAAGUUGAGAACAUAGUUUGGUGUGGUUUUGGAUAUCACUGCACUGCAAAAAUAACACCACAUACUGCUACUUCUAGCCCACAUUCUGGACAAGCUUUUGCUAUCUUCAAAACCCAGGUUAUAGCAAAUAAGGUCAUUGGGAAGCUGGGUGAGGAGUGCUUAAUGCUCCCAAAUGGAAGACCUCUUGUAGGAAGCAGUGGGGUUCUAAGAUUUCCUGGAAAGCAAUCUUCAUUCCCUGGUCACCUGGUCAUUGACAAAGUUAGACAGCAAACACAACGGGACUUGAGAGAAGCAGUUUCUACCUCUCAUUCAUCUCAGCCAAACACCCUUGAGUAUGAGAUGGCACUUGAUUGGGGCGUACUACAAGAGAGAUCAGACAAGUGGUGGAACAAGCUGCAUCAGGUCUGUAGAGUUUUGUGGGGUGAGCUUCGUAUCUUACUUGUGCUAAUUUCUCAAAUCUAUUUGUACCCUUUUGCAGAUCCAAAUAGAAGAAAUUGAAAAGUUGAAGGCAAGGCUGAAGCCAAACUGAGAAAAUUACUCUAGCUGGUUUCACUAGUAACAACUUGGUGAUUCUGCUGUUUUUGACUUUUUUGUAUCAAACUGGAAGGUUCAAGCAUAUAGCAGUUCUUUUUUG